AUGGAAAAUGCGAAUCAGCCAGCUGGAGGAGUGAUGGGUGUUCGUAAGGAGUCGUCAGUGGAUCCAGUCAAGGCGGAGGGCAUUUUAGCGACUGUUACAAAAAAAGAAAAGGAUGCAGCUCGCCUAUGGUCGCAACGAUGGGGAUUUUAUAAACAUUUACGUGAAAUUCAAGAAGAAGAGGCACAAACAACAGGAUUCACAUUAGAAGAAUACCGCGCCAUUUUACGCUCACGGAGUUGUAAGCCUGAAGAUCCCAUCGACCCAGUUGAGGUUAAACAUUCACCAAAACCACUACCUCAAACAACAUCCGGUAUGAUUGGACAUCGAGUGAAUUGUACAUUAGAACGGUUCGGACGAUUGAUCACCACAGCGAAGACCUACCCCAUCCGGCCACCACUACGACCGGGUCAAAUCUACGAUCCCUAUAAACAAACAAUGAUUUUUCUUGGGAGCUUGGAAGGCGACCCAAUAUCAUACAAACUGCCACCGGCGAGGUGCGAGGUGACUGACGAAAUGUGGGCACGCCCGCAGCAAAUGCAUGUAUCACCCUAUCAAAACGGCAUUAAGAGUUCUCUUCAAGCACGUUUUUAA